AUUUGUGUAAACGAAAUUUAAAUUGCUUCUUUUGGCGCCAAAAUCAUUUCUUCAUCGAUUACUUUUAUCCCACUGAAAGUAUCGAUCUGUUAACUUUCUUUAAAAACUAUUUCCCAUUAGGAUUUAUAUUAAAUUUGUACUAAUAUUACCUUUUUCUCUUUCUGUAAAUUUCAAAGUAACUAUGCAAUUGUGCAGUAUUUUUCACUCAAUCUUGAUCAUUUUUAUAUUACAACUUUUAUUUAAUAAGACCUACUCCAAACUGAAUCUUAAGUAUGCGAUUUUAAGGCAAAAACAGGCAUCCAAAUUACAAAAUGACACAUUCGCCCAUAAACAGAGAAUCAAAUAUGAUGCUCAGAAAACAAUGCGAGUUAUUUUCUAUAAAAACAAUACCAAAACAUUGGAAACAUCUGCCUAUGACGACACCUAUGAUCUUAAUGGGUCAGGUUGUUCAACUUCUGAAAAGUUUGCCAUAGUUUUGCAUGGCUGGAUUCAAAGUUGUUCGGAUGAAUGGGCCAUCUCACUAAUUGAACGGCUCAGUUAUUACCGAGGCGGUUGCGUGAUAUGCAUUGACUAUAGUGUGGUAGCCAGUUCCUCGUACAUGCGGCUAUAUACAAACUUUGACACCUUAACUGGAGCUAUAGCAUCCAUUAUUUUGACGCUCAUCAAGCAGGGAUUUGAUCCAAAACGAGGCUAUAUGUUUGGCUUUAGCUUCGGCGGACAACUGGCUUCAGCAGUGGGAAGAAAUUUAUACCCCCAUCAUGUCAUCCAAAGCAUAGACACGUGCGACAUGGCUGGACCCGGAUUCGAUCCCAUUGCGGUGGACCACUCGAAGGCCGGCAGACAUGUGCAGUGUUUCCACUCGAGUCGGGACAAAGGAACCUUUGUGUACUCCUGCCACCGCAACAUAAUGCUGGGCAGCUGUGGAUUGAAGCAGCCCUCGGUGGCCAGUCAACUUCACCUGGGAAGUCAUGGUCUCUGCGUCGACAUAUACAUAAACACCUUCGACUAUCCCUUCUACGCACUGAACUCAACUCCGCCGGAGUGCUAUACCUGGCAAAAGGCUGCCAAGAUACCAGAUGGCUAUACAGUGGGUUACGAGGAGAACUUUGACAGUCAGGUCACGGGACAAAUCUUUGUUCCAACUAGUUUGCAUUAUCCCUACAACUUAUCGAAAAAGCAGCUCAUGUUGCUUGCAAAAAACAAUGGUUAGAC